CUUAAAAUGGCGGCUCCCAUGUCCCGAUUUGUAAACAGGAUUGUGCAUAGAAAAUUUAAAGAUUACUCGCUUCCAGCCUUUUCUCGUCAUAAAUUGCUAUAUUUGUCAGUUUUAAAUACUAAGAAAUUCACAAACGUAUAUCUUCAAGUUAACGUUUUACCUAAACUAAAGCCAGUAUUUAGAGGACUUUCCGAUCAAAGACAUGCUCGUAAGUGUUGGAAAUGUUCUAAACUUACUAAUGAGGAAACGGAUCUGUUCUUUUGCAAGUGUGGGGUCGUUCAGGCCGUUCCGUCUGAUCUAGACUAUUUUGAAGUUAUGGCUCUGCCGCAUUCGUUUGAUAUCGACAUCAACAAUCUCACAAAGCUCUACAAGGACCUUCAGUGGAAAUUGCAUCCAGAUAAAUUCUCUCAAAAAUCUAAGGAGGAGCAAACUCACGCUGCGAUCCAAUCCUCAUUUAUUAACAAGGCUUACUUUACGCUGCUGAAGCCACUUUCAAGGGGUCUCUAUCUUUUAGAAUUACAAGGCAAUCCUGUUGAUGAGAAAAACACUUCUGUUGAUCCUGAAUUCCUCAUGGAGAUCAUGGAAAUCAACGAAGACGUCAUAGAAGUAGCAUCAAAAUCUGUGGUCCUGACAGAGAUUGAGAAUGUCAACAGGUCUAAAAUGGAUGCGUGUAUCAAACUUAUAUCAAAGGCAUUCAAAGAGGAUGAUAUUUUGGUUGCAAAAGAACAAUUGGUGAAAUUAAAGUAUUAUUCUAAGGUUGAUGACACAAUUAAAGAUGUUCAUCGAAGCAAGAUGGGCUAAAAUUUAAUACAGUGAAAAAUAAACUGAAAAGAUAUGGUUUCAUUUUGAAAAAUGUAUAGUUUUAUUGAAGUGUGUGUGUUUUUCUACUCAUGUUGUUGUUUUUUGACAGUAUUAUUGUUGUUUGCCUCAUAGUAAUUAUAUUUAUAAAAGUAUAUUCUAACUCUGUGAUCAUGCUAGCAUUUGUCAUUUGAGCCAUUUACGAAAAUAUUGAAAAUGGGCUCAUCAAAAUUAUGUUUUGCAAAAAAUGCUAAAAUCCUGUAAUCUGUUUUCAUGCUUUUCUAGCUGUUUCACUACAAGUAACUUAAACCAUUUCAAGGUUUAGACUUGUUUUUCAUCCAUCUGUUUUUAAGAUAAUUGCUGGUAUAAGCUUAAUCAUAAACUGGAUGUUCAUUUCAUCCAUUAACCAACUAUGCAAUUGUAGGAGUUCUACAUUGUUGUGAUUUCACUUCCAUUCGGCUGAUUUGCUCUUACAAUGUCAAACUUAUUUGACCAAUAGUUAUAAGCUUUUCUGGAGCUUAGUCCAAAUGAAGAGUUUAAUUUAAUCCUGUAAGGGGGGAUAGGACAUUUUCCUCCCCUUAGAUAUAAGCUUUUCUGGAGCUUAGUCUAAAUGAAGAGUUAAAUUGAAUCCUGUAAGGGGGGAUAGGGCAUUUUCCUCCCCUUAGAUAUAAGCUUUUCUGGAGCUUUGUCCAAAUGAAAAGUUUAAUUCUUUCAGUGCUGGAACCGAAUUUUGAAGACCUUUGCAAACAGUUUGGAUCCAGAUGAGACGCCACAAAACGUGGUGUCUCAUCAGGAUCCAAACUGUUUGCUAUUCUGAUAGUAUUCUUUGAAAACAAUUCGAAGAAAAUGCGAAUAAUAGAAAUUCAGCAGACGACAAAUUUCCCAGCAUGCAAAGGGUUUAUUGAAUCCUGUAAUAUGAAUCCUGUAAUAGAGGGGUGGGGGAUAAGGCAUUUUCCUCCCCUGAGGCCGUUCUUUAUUCAUAUUCCUGGUUUAAUCAUUUGUUAUUGUUUUCUGAAUUGAUGAUCUUAACUACUUUGAUAACUUCCUGUAUCUUAAAAUUAGGAUUACGUUAUAUGCCUUAAAGCGGCCUUUUCACGUUUGGGUAAAUUGACAAAAUUGAAAAAAGUUGUUUCAGAUUCGCAAAUUUUCGUUUUAGUUAUGAUAUUUGUGAGGAAACAGUAAUACUGUUUCUUUACCAUGCUCUAAAAUAGCCAUUAUAUGCAUCUUUUGACGAUUUAAAAACCCGAAAAUUAUAAAGCGUUGCAACGCGAAACGAAAUAAUUAUUUGGAGAGUUCUGUUGUUGUCAUUAUAUUUUGUGAAACUACGAGGAUUGCCUAUAUAAAGUAUAAAAUACAUCUAGCAUUGUAUUCGGAAGAAUAGCCGAGUGGUUUAAGCAGAAGACUUUACUCCAGGGGUCAGUGGUUCGAGCCCUGCUGAGGGUUACCUUUUGUUCUUUUUAUUUAAAUUUUAUUCUUGUUUUUUUACUGAAGCUUUUUGUAUCCAAUGUUUACAUUUAUCAAUAUAAAGCAUUUAAUGACAAACUUCAAAACAUGCCAAAAUCUGUGAAAAGGCCCCUUUAAUGGGGAAUGACAGGAGGACUAAUGCAUCUUUUACCCAGUAAUAAUUAAUAUUUCUAUUUUUGAAUUUCAAUAUUGUUUGUCACUUUAAAUUCAUUAUUAUUUUUGUAAACUUGUGGUGGUAUGACUCCUGAUUUUACCUUUCGCAUAUCCAAAUAUUAUCUUUGGAAAAAAAAUGUCAUAACAUGUGCGUGUGUUUCGACGGAAGAAACGCCACCCAUUCGGUAUGGUGACCACAAACAAAGCUUGAACCCUUGUCAUCUAGGUGAGGAGCAAAGGCCCGCAACUCUUACUACUUACAAUUUUCAUCUAUGUUGUGGUUCGUUUCCUUUACGACAUGGUGCACUAUAAUAAAACACAGUCGUGGUAUGCAUUUAUAUAUGUUUUAUACUCAAUCGUUUCUGAUAAUUAGAUAUGUACAAGAUUCCUAUACAUGCUAUAUUGAUUAAAUGAAAACAACUGCA